AUGAGUGCGGCACUCGGCUCCUUUCUGGGAGACCUCCUGGAGGCUUCCUCUUGCACUACUGUUGUUUUCGUGCAAGACAACUGUCCUUCACUGAAAACUCCUGGGCUGGACGACAUGCCCUCUUGUUCGUCAUCUAUCUCGGAAAUCUCUCGGUGGGACAGCUCCAGCUCGGGCAUGUGCUGCAGCGGCACCGCCAACACGAUUUCCACGACGGGGAGUGAUUGCGGGGAUGCGCCCAAGUGUGAAAUCAAGCGAAAGGUGCUCCAACCUCCUCGUAGGCAGGUGAGCUUUGACGACGAUGUGAAUAUGUCUGACGAGAGUAGUUGUCUCGACAUGUCAGCAUCAUUGGAUCGCCCUUCGGAAGCUACCGAAACAAGUACCAGUAGUCCAGUUUCUCGAAGCAAUAGCAACAUCAGCGUGUUGCCUUCCUACGAAUCGCCUUCUGCCAAUAGACCCCCGCGGCCGCCCACACGGCGAACGAGUUCUCGUCUGAAGAGCGUCAUGCUCAGUGCUCUGCAAACCAACCUGGAUCGGCUACACCCACAAGAGGCUCCAGUGUCAUCACUUUGGCGCAGUCUCUCUUCUUUGAACACAAGUGUAUCCAGCCUGACUGAUACGGACCAGUAUGUGCAGAGGAUAUCAGCGUCGGCAUCGUCGUCGCCCGUUUCGGCUGGUUCUCGGCAAACAUUACGAAGUGAUUUCAUCGACUUGAAGAAUGGCAUCAUGAGCACCGCAGAUAUCACCUCCGGAGUCAAAACGCAGCCGUCUCCAGUACUCGCGCCUCCUCCUCCUCGCAAACCACAGAGACAAGGCACCCCGGAAAACAUGGAAAAGAAAACACUGGGGCUACCUUCCUCCUUGGCAACCACCACCGCCAAGUCGAGCGAGAAUAAUGGGGAUAGCCUCCGUGAUUUGAUUCGGUUGAGGAGAGUGGGCGCAAGGCAAGCGCGGCCAGACAACGGGACUUGUCUGGAAUCAUAA